AUGGACGGUUCCGACGACCCAGAGAGACGGAAAGCCUUGGAGGAUUACAAGCAAAGUCUUCUAGAGUCACGAGAAUGGGAAGCAAAAUUGAAGAAUCUCCGAUUGGACAUAAAGGGGCUGCAGAAGGAAUUCGAUGUUACGGAAGAUAAUAUCAAAGCUCUCCAGAGUGUUGGCCAGAUCAUCGGCGAGGUCUUGAAGCAGCUUGACGAAGAGAGAUUUAUCGUCAAAGCCUCUUCCGGCCCUAGAUAUGUCGUUGGUUGCCGGUCUAAGGUUGACAAGGCAAAACUAAAGCAAGGAACCCGAGUAGCGCUUGACAUGACGACCCUCACUAUCAUGCGAAUGCUCCCACGCGAGGUCGAUCCGCUCGUUUACAACAUGUCCUUGGAAGAUCCCGGCCAAGUCAGCUUCAGCGGCAUCGGUGGCCUGAAUGAUCAGAUCAGAGAGUUAAGAGAGGUCAUCGAGCUACCGCUCAAGAACCCGGAGCUGUUCAUGCGUGUGGGUAUAAAGCCACCCAAGGGCGUACUACUGUAUGGGCCUCCGGGAACCGGAAAGACACUGCUUGCACGAGCCGUUGCCAGCUCGUUAGAUACCAAUUUCUUGAAGGGUAAGCGUUUGUGGCCGCCUAUUCCUUCUCACAAGUUACUAAUAUUCGAGCGAACAGUUGUAUCAUCUGCUAUCGUUGACAAGUACAUUGGUGAAUCUGCGCGUCUUAUCCGUGAAAUGUUCGCCUAUGCCAAAGAACAUGAACCCUGUAUCAUUUUCAUGGACGAAAUUGAUGCUAUCGGAGGCCGAAGGUUCUCUGAGGGAACUUCCGCCGAUCGAGAAAUCCAGCGAACCCUCAUGGAACUUCUCAACCAACUGGAUGGUUUCGACUACCUCGGCAAAACAAAGAUUAUCAUGGCCACCAAUCGGCCGGAUACCCUUGACCCGGCUCUCCUACGAGCAGGUCGAUUAGAUAGGAAAAUUGAGAUUCCCUUGCCAAACGAAGUUGGCCGACUAGAGGUCCUCAAAAUCCAUGCUAGUGGCGUUUCAAUGGAAGGCGAGAUUGACUUUGAGACGAUUGUAAAGAUGAGUGAUGGUCUCAACGGAGCUGAUUUGAGAAACGUGGUAACUGAAGCUGGUCUAUUCGCCAUCAAAGAUUACAGAGAUGCUAUUAACCAAGACGACUUUAACAAGGCUGUUAGGAAGGUGGCGGAGUCAAAGAAGCUCGAAGGAAAGCUGGAAUAUCAAAAGCUAUAG